GUUCGUUCUGAGCCGGCUCAUUUUGCUCAUCUGAGUGCUCAUCAUCGAGAUCUGAAAGCUCAUUAUCGACAUCUCAUCCCUUCAUCCAAGCCAUCCAAGCGGAUGCAUCACCAACGCUAUCCAUCCUACCCAUCCGACGAGCCGCACGGCUCAGGCUACCACGAUGACCGUCACGGCGACGCCGCCUUCUACCCUGUCCCCCCUCCCCGCCCUCCACCUCCCAGGAACGACCACCACUACCACCAGCCAUACCACCACAACAACAGCCACGAGGUCUACAGGCCUACGCCUCGCCAGCAGCCGGAGGAGCGGCAGUGGACACCUCGCGGCAGCCGGGGGUCUGACAGCUACCCACACAGCCGGCCUGACAGCCGGUCCAAUACAUCCGAGUUCGGAGACCUGCUGGGCGGUGCGGCCAAGUUCUUCUCGUCAGUGGUGCUGGUGGAGGAGCUGGACAAGAAGAUCAUCGUGCUGCUGCGGGACGGCCGCAAGCUGAUCGGCUACCUGCGCUCGUUCGACCAGUGGGGCAACCUGGUGCUGGAAGACGCGCGGGAGCGGUACAUUGCCGAGGGCAGGUACUACGCCGACGUGUACUUGGGUGUGAUGAUUGUGCGCGGCGACAAUAUGGUACUGUUUGGCGCGCUCGACGACACGCAGGAGAGUGCGCUUGAGGAGAAGCUGCUGCGAGAGGUGCUGGAGAUGCAGCAGAGGGAGGAGGAGGCCAACCGGCAGAAGGGCGUGCACGAGAAAGGGGCCAGGGAGGGAGAGGCAUUCGCGGAUGACUUCUGACUGACUGACUGACUGGGUUGCGAUUGUGGUGGGUUGGUUGGAUGGCUGGCUGCACAUGGGUUGAUCAGACAUGACAUGUAUGUCAUCAUCACACGAACGAACGGACGAAUGAAUGAAUGAAUGUGUCGUGUACCGUAGACGUGCAGGCAAAUCGAUACAGUCAGUCAGUCAAAG